ACAAUAACAACCGCUCUGUGAAGGAUCAUGCCUAUCCUAACAUUGGAGAUUUCAUGCCAAGUAUCACAAGACCAAGGGUAGAAGCUAAUAAUUUUGAAUUGAAGCCUGCACUUUGUCAAAUGGUACAACAAGCACAAUUUGGAGGAAAUCCAAGUGAAAGUCCACAUGUGCAUCUGGCACACUUUCUUGAGAUCAGUGAUAUGUUGAAGAUAAAUGGAGUUUCUGAUGAUGCAAUUCGACUCAGAUUAUUUCCUUUUUCUCUGAAGGACCGAGCUAGAGAGUGGUUACAUUCUUUGCCACCGGGUUCUAUCACAACAUGGGAUGAACUUUCUCAAGCAUUUUUGGCUCAAUAUUUUCCACCAAGCAAGACAGCUAAGCUGAGAAAUGAGCUGACUUCUUUUAAACCUAGAGAUGAUGAGAGCUUGUAUGAAGCAUGGGAGAGGUACAAGGAUUUGCAAAGGAGAUGUCCACAUCAUGGGAUUCCUAAGUGGAUGCUUGUUCAACACUUUUAUAAUGGAGUUUCACCAGCUAUUAGGAGUACAAUUGAUGCAUCUUCUGGAGGUGACCUUAUGGAGAAAUCUGAAGAUGAAGCUUUUUCUGCUCUUGAUAAAAUUGCUUAUAACAACUACCAAUGGAGUUGUGAGAGGAAUGAGAUCAAGAAACCAGCUGGCCAUUCAUGAAGAUUGGGCAAGUUUACACUUGUUGCAAAAACAAAGAAUUAAAGGGAAGCAAG